AUGAAGAUUUUUCCCUCCCUCACCUCCUCCACAGGGCAGUUUGCGAAAAGAAAGCAGAUUUCUCUUUGGUUUGCUGUCUCUCUACUGGUGGCAUCCAUCUUCAUAUUGACCAUUGGCCUUGCAGCAACGACCAGAACUGAGAAUGUGACUGUGGGAGGCUACUAUCCAGGAAUUAUUCUUGGCUUUGGAUCUUUCUUGGGAAUUAUUGGCAUCAAUUUGGUGGAGAACAGAAGACAGAUGUUGGUCGCUGCCAUAGUAUUUAUCAGCUUCGGCGUGGUGGCUGCAUUCUGCUGUGCAAUAGUCGAUGGAGUUUUUGCAGCCCGACACAUAGAGCCGAGGCCGCUCAACACUGGAAGGUGCCAGUUUUAUUCAAGUGGGGUAGGAUUCUUGUAUGACGUCUACCAGACUGAGGUCACGUGCCAUUCUUUGACUAGCAAGUGUCAGCUAAAAGUGAAAAGUAAUACAUGCUACUGCUGUGACUUAUACAACUGUGAGAACACAGAACACUCUACUAGUUACUAUGAGUUUGUUGGAGUCAGUGGCUGUCAGGAUGUGGUUCACCUUUACCGUUUGCUGUGGACCUCAACAGUGCUAAACAUCAUUGGUUUGUUUCUGGGGAUCAUCACUGCAGCUGUCCUGGGGGCCUUUAAGGACAUGGUACCCCUAACCCAGAUGGCCUAUGGUUCUGCACCUCCUCCUCAAAUUCUCUACAAUCCAGCCCAGCAGAUCUUGACAUAUGCAGGAUUCUGUCCCCCUACAGCACCACUUCCUGCCUACUCAUCCUACCCUUUACCCCUUCAGCCUGCCGGCAACUUUCCAGCUUCGUCAUCCACUGAUAUCUCUCUAUCUGAUGACACCCAGCCUCCGUCUCAGUCCAGCUCCACCUAUGGGCUUCCUCCCAAUGCCCCACCACUCUAUACACCAACUUAUUUCCUCCCUGGGGAAAAGCCUCCACCAUAUGCACCAUGA